GCAGAUUACUUUUAAGUAUUUAUAAAUCCAGGGACAUGUAGGAGAAGGCUUUUACCAGCUGAGUGCAAACCAGGAAGCCACCUGGUGGAACGAAGCUGAACCCUGCUGGAGGUACGGCGACAUGGUUCCCAACACCAUCGCAGGAAAGAUCUUCGGCUCCAUCUGCUCCCUCAGUGGCGUGCUGGUGAUCGCCCUGCCGGUGCCCGUCAUCGUGUCCAACUUCAGCCGAAUCUACCACCAGAACCAGAGAGCGGACAAGAUCAGAGCGCAGCAGAAAGUGCGUAUGGCUCGGAUCCGCUUGGCGAAGAAAGGAACAGCCAACGCCUUCCUCCAGUACAAAGAAGACCGAAACAUCGGGGACAAUAACAGCACGGCUCUGUAUGUGAAGAACAGAUCAGCGUUCGAGCAUCAACACAACCACCUUCUGCACUGUCUGGAGAAGACGACGAACCACGAGUUCACAAACGAGAUGAACUACAGCGAGCUGUGUAUGACGGAGUCGGUGGGCUACAAGACCAGUCGCAGCACCUCCCUGUCCAGCCAGCAGGGGGCGCAGAACAACUCCACCGGCUGCUGCCCCCGCCGGGCCAGGAGGAGAGCCGCCAUGCGACUGGCUAACUCCACGGUGUCCGUCAGCCGGGGGAGCGUCCAGGAGCUGGACACCCUGCACUUCAAAACCACCUCCAUACCACCACAAACUCGUUCCAGUCUGAACGCCCAGAUUUGCGACCUGAAGCUGAACUGCGGGGAACAAGACUUCACCGCUGCCAUCAUCAGCAUCCCCACACCGCCCGCCAACUCGCCUGACGAGAGCCUCCCCCCGUCGCCCGCCCCCAUCCUCGGCAUCCUGCGCAACACCCGGGCCACCGCCUACACCCAGGACACCGUCAAAAUCUCCUCCUUAUAACCUCCGCCCGCGACCUCCCACUAGACACCCGCCCCGCCGCCCCACCAGCCAACCUCCCCAUGAACUCUGCACUUCAUUUGAACCUCUGAUCCUGAACCCAGGGCACUGACAGCUGAGAUUUCGGGGACAAAACACGGAUACUUUGAGUACCGCUGGUUGCUUUCACUUCCUCUCACAUGUGUUGUGGAUUAUUGGAGGCACAAUGGUUUACCAUUAGGGAGACGACUCAAAACGGCAGCUGGGAAGUCGAGCAGAAAUCAAAUGCAAGGAAUUUGAAAAGGAACACAAAUGUGUUCUUUCCUGAGUCUUAAGAAUCCCGACCGCAUUUUACCCCUGAACAGUUUUGACCCUUUGAAUCUCGUUGCACAAACCCCCGGAGGGUUCAUCCAAUGGAAAAGAUGCCAAGACUCCCAAAGAAGAGACAUUCAGCACCCAAAACCAACGGUUGGUUGGUUUCAUUGGGUCGACUUUGUGUGCCACUAAACAUAAUGCUUUAGAGAAGGGUUACAAGAUGGCUGCCGAGGACGAAGGUCUAAACUCUGGCUUAUUUCAAAAGAGAAGUUGACGUGUCGGCAGUGAAUCUGAGGGACUGCCGCCUGUCGGAGGAUCAUUUAGACUCGUCCGUGAUUGGAAAAAAGACGAACUGUAGACAACCAAACAACCCUCAGCGGCUCCUGUGGCUACAACCUUUUUGAUUCCUUUGGAUGUUGGUUGUUGUGGCGGCUAUCGGGCCGAUAUAACUCAAAAAAGAAACAUACGUGUUUUUGCUUUAUUCAAACCAGGAUGGCUUCUUUCCUUUACAGCGACAGACCUUCGAGCCUGAUUACAGUGAAAACAAUGCUCAGUUGAGUGAAGUGUUGGACCUCUUUUGCUUGAAAUGUGCAGGUUGUAGGUUUAAACUCCAACAAGACGUCUUCGAAGAGGAUGAAGAAUGGAUCUUAAAUCAAAUGGAGUUCGGGAGUAAAGAUGGAUGAUCUCUUCACUGGCUUUAAUUCAGCAGCUGAAGCCGCUUCGGGUCACCUUUGAAGGAAAGUAAAAGAACUCUCAAGCUUUUAUCAGAAUCCAGCUGCGAGAUGUGAAAGAACCGUCAUCCAGAAGCCGCUGCAACGCGUGAAUCU